GAAGAACGCUAACUCAGGAUGAAAUAUACUGUUACAACGAGGUUAUGCCAUUUUCGGAUUUAUAUUUUAAUGACUCUUGCAAUCAUCCAACUAGUAGAAUUUUCUUACUGCCAGACAACUGAACCACGUUAUAUAUUAUGCGGUGAAGAUCUUCAUAGAUCUACUGCUUCGGUAUGCCGAGAAAGAGGCUAUAUGCUGGAUUAUGAUCCUACUCAAGCUUAUAAUUGCUGCUCGCAAGGAUGCUCAUAUUUGGCACUUUCAGUGUUCUGCAAUCCGAAGCAGACACCUAUUUCAAAUCGACCACGUUAUAUUUUAUGCGGUAACGAUUUUAAUACCGCUCUUGAUUCGCUUUGCGUAAAUUUCUAUGAUAUAUCAAGGGCUAGUUACGUCGCUCCACAAUGCUGCUCUCCAGGUUGCACGCUGUCGACACUUCUACCCCUUUGCAACCGUCAGACGAUUGGACAAAUCUAAGGAUUACACUUGUUCAUCAAGCCCCCAAAAGUGACAUGUAUAUCCAGUUAACACGAAUGUUGAACUUUUUAAC